GUUGUUAGUCAAUAGGAAUUUUAUUCGCUUAUGUUUAUCAUAAUUACUCUAAAAAGUGUUAAUAUUUACCCCUAUUAGCGACAUCUUUUAACCUAGCUCAGGAACUAAAUUUCGCAGUUCGUUAUCUCGUCUUUAUCCAUGCUUUUACCCCAUGGCAAAACGACGCGCGCACAUUCUCGCCGGGCCAUUCGCUCUCUUUGGACCUUGUAUCCCUACUCGCAAAAAGCCUAAUUAAAUCAUUUCUAUAAAACGAUUUAACAUUUAAAAAUAUAUAUUACGAUGUAUAUAGAAAUGGAAGAUGUUAAUUAUUCGACUAAAAUUGUAUCUAUGGUAUAGACAUAUUGCAAAGAAAAAUAAAAUAGUCAAAUAUAUAUAUCAAAGAUAAAAGAUUGAAAUACGGAAAAGUAUUAAACCAAAUACCAUGAGAUGAAAAUAUGAGAACAAAAGAAUAAUACAAAGAAGGAAGAAAAUUAAACAAAUAGAUAUCAAAAAAAUAGAGUAAGACAGAAAGAGAGAAAGAGAGAGAGAGAGAGAGAGAGAGAGAGAAAACUUAGAGUAAAAUUAAACGAUCUCGAAAAACUUGUGUGAUAGCCUCGAAGCGACGACGGCGCGUACUAGGCAGUGUGUUAUUGAUCAAUAAGAGAAGCUAUGGUUGAGACCCGUGCCGAUUGAGCCAGCUGUCAUUUCCCCUGCAAUAUUUUUCGUCACGCGAGUAUAUAAUAUUCGAUGGAGAAAAAGGAGUGUUACGGUUGGACAUUUUAAAGGAUCGUUCACUUAGGUGAUCGGAUUAAUUUUUUUGGUUAAGCGUUUAUAUACGAAGAAAAGUUCAUGGGGAUGAGAGUUAAGAUACCAACUACGGUGUUUAAAGUGACGAAAGAGUGUGAAGAAUAGAGGAAAGGGAAACGCGCCGAUCUCUUGUCUCUUUUCUUUUUUGUACAGAAAGAGAAAGAGAGAGAGCAAGAGAGAAAGAGAGAGAGAGAGAGAGAGAGGUGAGCGCGCGCGCGCGCUCAUCUUUAGUACUUACAUAGUGUCGUGAAACUCAUCAUAGAAAAGACACACAGAGGGAGCAACGUAGAAAAGGAGAAAGAGGAGGAAGAAGAAGAGGAGGAGGGGGAGGAGGAGGAGGAGAAGGAGAAGGAGAAGAAGGAGGAGGAAGAAAAAGGAGAGGGUGAGAAAGUGCAAAGGGGGUGAAAGAGAUAAUAUGAAGAGAGCGAGCAAACGGGCGUGCGUGAAGGAGAAAUAGACACGAGUUUGAGAUUGAGUUUAAGAUAGAGAGAAAGAGAGAGAGAGAGAGAGAGAGAGAGAGAGAGAGAGAGAGAGAGAGAGAGAGUGUGUGUGUGCGUGUGUGUGUGCGAACAUGUGUCGGUGCCGAGGAUCCUGUCCUCGAGAGUGAUGACGGCGAAGGUGCGUCGAAAAGGAUCGCCGAGAUCUUCUUCUUUACUUCAAUCUCUCAAUCAACUUUUAAUCUUUAAAACGUUUCCAACGUUAUCUUCUCUGGCGUAUGUAUAAUACAACCACCGAUGCAGACCUUACGGAAGAAAAACAGCCCGUGCAAGUUUAAGAACGAGCCAACACGGUUCCUCGGGGAAGGUGUUUCGUUCAAGGCGAAGCUGAUCGGUAUAUUGGAAGUGUCCGAAGCACGUGGCGAUCGAAUGUGUCAAGCAGCAUUGGCGGAUUUAAAAAUGGCGAUUCGUGCAGCCGGUGAACAUAAGCAAAGGAUUGCUGUGCAGGUCAGCAUCGAUGGACUUCGUUUGAGGGAUGAAAAAACGAGUGAAUGUUUGUACCAUCAUCCCGUGCACAAGAUAUCUUUCAUCGCUCAAGACAUGAGCGAUUCCAGAGCAUUCGGUUACAUAUUUGGAUCACCGGACACGGGACACAGAUUUUUUGGUAUCAAGACGGAUAAAGCAGCGAGUCAGGUGGUCAUAGCGAUGAGAGAUCUCUUUCAAGUCGUGUUCGAGCUGAAGAAAAAGGAAAUCGAAUUGGCGAAGCAACACAUCGAACAAAAUGCCAUCAACGCUAUCAAGUUUCAUACCGGUGGCAUGUUUGUUGAACCAGCACCCGAUACCAAAGGCGCAGCUGGAACUGAAUCAUCGAUUCAUCGUACUAGAAUAACAAAUUCCGAAACGGAGAAAACGGCCGAGAGAAAAAAUGAAAAUCAAAGUGGUGUUAUCGCCGAUUUGUUAGAUCUACAAUUCGAAUUGAAUUCAUUGCAACAGGGAAUACAUCAGAUGGAUAAAAUAACACCUGAACAACCUGGACCAGCCGCGGAUGAUUUAUUUGAAAGCGAUCCAUUCGGCGAUUCUUUUGCGAACAUGAAAUUAAAAGAUACCGUACAACCUAUUUUACCGCCACCACCGUCCUCCUCAAAAAGAGGUCAUUUGGAACGACAACAAACCGUUCCAGCUCCGACAACAUCGGCGACGUCCAGUCCAGCCGCGACAUUGUACAGCAAAACACCGCCUCCUCAAGACACGAUGCAUUGGUUCGAUAAGGAAACAGAAAAUCUUUUCAACGAUGGAGAAUUAACGAGCUUAACGAAAAGUUCUACCGUGAAAAAAGAUCAAGACGAAACAUCAUUGAAUACAACCCCGAGAAGUAGCCAAGCGAAAAGUCCGCAGAUAGACGUAUUCACGGAACUGGAUCCCCUAGGUACUGGCCUGAUAAAGCCUUACGUCGAUAAGAAAGACUUCUUCCAACAUCUGAAAAAUCCUCCAAAAAAGGUGCUUAAAGAUUUAGUAACGACCAAUUCGACGGAUACGUUUCCAACGAAUUUCAAUCUAACGUCGGAUACCCCGGACUCUAUAAAAUUACAGAAUGAUUUACCUUUGAAGGAAAGUGAUCGCCACGAAGAGGGCAAUUUCGCGAAUUUCGAUCGAUUUGAUGAGAACGAGGCCAUGCAGUCGUCCAUCCUACCGAAGUCCGACUCGCCGCAAAAGAAAGAUAUUGUAUCAAGGGCGACUCAUCACCAACCAUUGUCAGUGUCCCUACCGCCUGAAGAGACGCCUACCAAGAGUACGUUCGCUGUUAUAUCUACCGUAAACGCGGCACCUGCCGGUGGAAUGGCAAGCGUUGCCAGCAGAAUUGACAAGGAUUCUGCCGAAUCUAUUCAGCCGUUGGUCAAAUUGCCAAGCCCAAAGAAAUACUUGCAAUCCGUUAGAAAAAGAGAACUCGACAUGGAUGUAUUACCGAGUGGUAAAUCGCAACCCAUAGAGAAAUCAUUUCCAGUUGAUUUCUCGGCUACGAGCGAUUCACCGGCGUCCCCAUUGAGAUUAUGUUCCUCCGACGCAAACUCAAGAUUGUCCAGUUCUAGUGCGGAAUUAGAUCUCGUUCCUGAACCACCGCCAAGGGGCGCUGGAAGUAUAAUGAUCAAUCCGCCGCCUUUGCCACCGAAGAAACAAGCUGCCAGAGGUGCCAUAAAACCACCGCCCAGACCACCGUACACCGAAGGUCACUUUCACUACGACUUCAUCGAACGCGAGGAAGCUUCGCCUUCUCCUACUAAAAGCAGAGAAAGCAACAAAAGUCCAUCGAGAGAUACGACGAAGGGUCAGUUCGACGAUAAUUUCAGUCCACCGUCAGCCAGGACGGAUUUGAUAUCUACAAUGACGACCUCCGCCUUCGAGGAUUCGUUUAGUACGAUGAUACCCACGACGAAUUUGUCGACGUACUUUACCUCGACCGGUACGCCUGCCACAACGAAAUUGAAGCCAAAACCAUCAUUGGACAUAACCCUCAGUCAAUUAACAUCAGCGAAUUUGGACGAAUUAGCGGGCAGUCUUGGUAUGACUGUACAAGAAUUAACGAGCUUGACGUUGCAACAGCUUACCGAAUGCCUGGCAAAUCUAUCGAGCAAGGAAUCAUUGACAGAAUCGAAUAAGGAAGAGGAAGAAGAAGCGACGAUUCGACCGAAAGUAGAAGAAUUCGUAACAAAACCGUCAACCACUUGUAAAAUCACUGAAACGAGUUUCGUAAGUAGCGAGCCACUUUUCAAAGCAAAUUUCGAAGAGGAACAGGAACCAAUGAAAAAGCAAGAAGAGGAACCACCGAUCUACGACAAGUAUGCCGUUUUUAGGGAAUUACUUGAGAUGGAACAGAUGCAGGUUGAAUCGAAGGAGGAGACGAACGACGAGGACAUUAUGACGGAUACCGAAAGCAAGGAACCAGAGGAACGAAAAGAAUCUAAAGAUGAGAUUCGAGGUGAAUUUACGGCUGAAGCGAUCGUAGCUAUGGCCAAUUUGACCGUCAAGUUACCACCGAGUAUAGAGGAAUUAACGAAGGAAGAAAUCAGGGAGGAGGAAAUCGAAGAAACUAACGGAAUCGAGGCCGAUAAACCGAUCGACGCGAUUGAAGAUAUCGACGAGAUGAAAGACGAUGCGAUCGAUGUAUCGUUGAGCUUGCAGGCAACUAAAAAGAUGGAAUUAGAAAUAGAGGUAGAAACUGACGGGGAUAUCGAGGUGGAUAUAGAGGAAGAUAUGAUCGAAGAUACGACUAUGAUAGGUAAUCGGGAUAGAGGAGAGACUCUGUCGGAUAAGGGUAGCGAAGCAAAUGGCGUUUCGGACAAGAUCAUGCCCGAAAGUACUGAGGACAUUAAUAGAUCUUCCGUCACGGAGAAAACGGAGAUAAGAUUGUCAACGUCUACGUCGAGCGACAAAUACGCGGCAUUAAGAGAAAUAAUAGGAGAGACGGAAAGAUUGAGCAAACAAAGGGAAGAGGAAACCAACUCUAGACGCGAAUCCCCGGUAGUACAAUCGUCGGCGAGUAAGAAUUUAGCCGAGGCCGAACUCUUGAGUUUAUUUUCGGACAAUUUGCCGGCCGUACCGUCGAGCCCAAAGAGAUCUGUUAAGAAAAAGGAGGACGUCCUGAAAACAGUCGCUAUGGAUAUUUUCGAAGAGAUAAAAAUGCUUAAUACAGGAACGCAUAGGGCGAAGGUGAUCGGCAUCGCCGGAUUCGAGGAUGUAUUUUGUCCCUUUUCCGAGGAUAAUAAGGAGAACGAUCGUGAGGACAGCAAGGAAGAUGGGAAUUGGGCCAAGUUCGAGACGAGCAUGCUCGGUUCGGACAGAUCGUCUUGCGAAGGAGCACGUUCUGUGGGCGGUGGUACGUCGCCUUGGUCGCCCGACGGCAAAGAUUUUCACCGUGACAUAAUACCAUUCAAAUCUGUCUCCUCUACGAGCGGCGGUAUUCAUAGACACUCGGGCGACAGCGACAACGAGUGGAAGGACGAGGAAGAGAGCGAAGAGAGUAACAAUGGCAGGGGAGGUCUGGACGGAGGAAGAUUUUGGUGCGGAAGACAUCCGAGAUUCGAUGCGGCCGAAUUCGACGAGAGAUCAUUUUACGAGGAAGCCUCGAGCACGUUGGAUAAUAGAACCGACAAAAGGGAACGAAGCUUUCGCGGACGAGCUGUUAGAAAAUCGCGCGGUCUUUGGGCAAAAAAUGUUGGUCACAGAUCGCGAGAUCCGUCGCGCUGGCACGAGAAAUCCCAAUGGGAGGAAGUGCCGAGGCGUUAUCCUCAUAGAAAGUUACCUUACAAAGAGAACGACGAUCAUUAUGACGUUCACGAUCACUUGUCGCGAUUUUGGAAAUGCAGGUCGAAAUCUCAACGAUGGAAUUGGAUACCCGACGACGCUUAUUACGACGAGGAACGUAGAAGAAAGAUGACGGAGAGAAAGUUGACCCUGUUGUGGAACGAAGAGGAUAGAUUUGGUAGCGAAGAGAGCGUUGGUUUCGAGGACGACGACAGAUGGGCCAGACGUAAGUACGAAAGAAGACGAUGGGACGAGGAGUUUGGUAGAUUUUGGAAUAGACGAAGUAGUCCUCCGUUGGAUGGCGUUGAAUACCCAUCCAAGGAAGGUUAUUAUUAUUAUCGGGAGAGUAGGGAAAGGCCUCACGAUUAUACGGAUACGUGGGACGAGGAGGAGUACGGACCAGAACGUGCCGGGGACGAUUCAGGCAGAUACAAUACGGCCGGUAGGAAGAGACAUUGGCCGAAGAGGCCGAACAGUGCUAAUGAAGGCCGUAAUACCGAGUACGGUGAAAUGGUUUAUGCCGAUGCGAGAAACAAGUUUGGUACGUCCAGAUCAGAAUGCAGCGACAAUGAUUCGGAUCCUUAUUUAAGGCCAUCGCAGAGAUCGAGAAGUCGCGAAAGUUAUAGGGGUAGCGAUCAGAAAUACGACAGCUGGCCGGAGAGACCGUAUUGGUCGGAGGGCCCAGACGUUAAGAGCGAGACGUUACAUCGUAAAAGAGUAACAAGGCAUAAGGCCGCACGACAGGUACAAGCUAAAACUCAGAGUCCUUUCGAGGAUGAUUUCGCACAGAGUAUCGAACAGAUUGAAUCACCGGCCAGUGAAACAUUGACGCCGGCCGAGCCGCGCGUUCGUCCAGAGAUCGGUGAAUCAAAAAGAGAAUUGGUCGAACGUCCACCUCCGAGUCCUUCCUCGGCCAGUCGAUUAUCAACCAAGGAAGCUCAUCCACGUAGAGAUAUGCAACGGGAGUAUAACAAACGGUCGACCUUUUUCGAAGAUGAUCUAACGCCUACUACGACGAGCAAUACCUCCGAUCGACGUAGAUUAUCAUCGGAUUUGAAAGCUACGCCCGAAGAAAUUCCACCGGACGCGAAGGAUCCUCAUAGAUCGAUAGAUGGUUUCGUUUCGGAGGACAGUGCUCGAGAUUCUUUCUUCAACGGUGAUCUUAGGUUCAACGACGACGAUGCAUUCACCUUCAAAUCCGAAUUAGAGGACAGCGUGCCCGAACGUUGUACCACUACAUUGCCAUUGAAAAACACCAGGCAGAACAAAUACGCUGCCUCCAACAGUAACAACAAAGGUAGACCUUCCGAUCAGUAUAUAAGGAAAUCUGAAUCUGUAAACAUCUUUAUACGCGAGGAAGAUCCGUUCGACGACGACGAUUUUUUCAAUUGACUCGCGGCCAAUCGUCAAUCCACACGAUCGUCAAAAUCGGACUAUCGAUCUCUCAAAUGAGUGGAACCCAUACAUAGCUAUAUUUUAUUUCUUAUAUUUUCUUUUUAUGACCGCCAUGUGUCCUCGUUUCCGCUCCCGCAUUAACAAAGGAUACGCAUAUUUUCUAAGCUUUGCUUAAGUGAAGCCUUUUGGAUGUUUCUCUCCUUGAAUUAUUUCUCUCUCUCUCUCUUCCCCCCCUUCUCUAUCUCUCUCUCUCUCUUUCUCUCUUUCUCUCUUUCUCUCUGUCUCUCGUUAACACGAGAACGAGAUACUCGCUUUGUGUGAAAAGCAUUUAUAAAACGUUUAAUAAGCUUUGAGAAUGAAACUUGGAAUCGUUAUUGAGAAGACGAUUCAGGAAAAGAGAUUAGAUGCUUUAAUAAAACCCUUUUAGAUAUUUCUUAUUUUAUUCCGUGAAUUUUAUGUUUCAUUCUAAUAAUUGCACAUACCAACGAUACUUGUGUCUAUCGGAAUAUACAUUAAUUACUUAUAAACGUGAAAGAUGAUGUAUUUAAUUGUCAGACAGGAGGAGUCGAACAGGGAUUGGAAUUUUUUCAGAAAAGGGCUAUAGACGCGUAGAUAGAUGUAAUUAUUUAUCGUGUUGCUAGCAAUAAGCCGAUAUUGUGUUUAAAGCGGGUCAAGGUUGUACUGACAAUAAUUAUAUUAUCUUAAUGCCAAUACAAUUUCGACUGAUCGAUGAGAAACGAAUUUGAAACGAUUUGUUGCUAAUGCGUGUUCGAAUGGGUCAAAUAUAAUUACAUAUAUAACGUGAGUUUUGGAGCAUUUGAAGAGGUCAAGUAUCCGAAGACGAUUGACGGCAAACUUGGAUUUGUAAUUUUAUUGCAUAAAUGGAAAGUGCGAUUGUCCUUUUCUUUUUGCUUCUUUUUUAUUUUUAUUCCUUUUUUUUAACGUUUUAUUUCAAAUGAUACGUAUCGAGAAUGAAUCGAGAUAUUGCGUUUUUAGUAGAUCUGCAUGUGAAUAACUGAUGUGUGAUAAAAGAACGCUUUUCGGUAGAGGAAGAUGAUGACAAGAAAAAAAAGAAAUAAAUGAAUUUUACGAUCGAUGAAUAUACAUAGAGUGAAUCAAAAUUUCCUAGAUGAGACAAAAGAUUCUAGAUUUGAUUUUUAAAAUCGAUCACUCUUUUGCGAUACUUUUUAGACUAAUAUUUUGUUUUUUCAUUUUUUUUGUUAACCACAAGACUAACUUGUGAAGCUGCAUGCUUAACCUACGAAUCUGAAGAGUCCCGAUAAAGAGAGUAAUCUAUUUUUAAAGUCACCCAGGAAGUUUUGGCUCACCUAGGAACUUUUGACGCUACCCUGUAUUUGCAACUUGAAAGUAAUUUUUCACAAAUCAUACGAUUACGAGAAAUAUUAUUGUAAUAUUUAUUAAUGACAGUAUUAAGUUGACGAUUCAAUUUUUUCUUCGAUAUCUAUAUGUCAAUUGGUAAUUACCAACCGAAUCGAGGAAGGAUAUAAAUGUUUGUUCACAUUAUUUAUUUAUUUAUUUAUUUAUUUAUUUUUCGUUACGCUCGCUUUUGUACUCGUCACGAUAAAUGCAUUUAUAUAGAUCGAUUGUAUCGCAGGAAAAUGAUGUUCUCGAGAAAUAAUUGAAAAGCUAAUAGGAAAUAUCUCGUCUUUGUCAUAAUCGUAUCAUAUUGUCAGCAUUCGUUUCAUUGAUAUGAUAGCGAAUGAAUUAGUAGUGCGAAUAUAUUCGCACGUAAUAAUGACGUAUGUGAAUUAGUGAGAGAAAACUAAUUGUGAGGAAUGAAUUGUGAACGAUAUACAUACAUAUUAUAUACUAUAGAUAGAUCGAAACAGUAACGACAAAAUUUGUUCAUUUCGAAAUAAGAAAAUGUUCCUUCUUUUUCAACGAAAAACAAAAAUUGAUUUAUCAUAAUCGUCAUGAAACAGAGGGGAGAGAGGUAUGUCGUUUAAAUAAAUACGAAAUGUUUGAGAACAAUUUUAUACCCUUCGAUGUAAACGAGAAGAUUGAUUAGUCUUUUGCGAAACUAAUUAGGUAAGUAAUUAAUUGAUUCGAUGUUUACGAGAAACGAAUUAUAAAACGUCGAGAAAGAUGUUUUCGAAUUUUUCUUUCGAACAAACAUAAUCCAUCUUUAUCGUUAUCGUAAAUGAUUAUGAAAUGAUUUUUUUCUUUAUCAAGAUUUAGAAAAUGGAGUGACGGUACAAUAAACCAUUACCGUAUGCGAAUGGCAA